GUUGGCCCCUGUCCAAAGGUUUUUGUCUUUCCUAAUUCAGCCUUGUUUUUUGCAGUUUGCGUCCGCUGUUGACUGAAUCCACACUGACAUUUUUUCUCUGCUACUGGAUCUCUAACACACAGUACAAAUGGGUAAAGAAUUGGCUUUUGCUCUCCUCUUGAUGCUGCUUGUCUGUCAGAGAGCAAGCAGUGAAUUGGAAGCCUUUUGUCCGUACAAAUGCCAGUGUUUCACUCCAGUUCAGGUGCUGUGUUCUGAUGAAAGGAUGUCAUCUUUACCCAGGAAUAUGUCUAAAGAAGUCAAGGAAGUUAUUAUAAUGACAUCACCUGUGUCGUAUCUGUUUGCCAACACGUUACAGGAGAGCCCACAGGUCACCAAGUUAAUCUUAGUAAAUAAUAACCUGCGAAGCAUCCACUCAGCAGCAUUUGAGGGUUUGACUGAGCUGCAGGAGCUGGAGAUCAGUGGCAACGUCUUUCUGGAGCAUUUAUUUCUGGGGACUUUUUCAAAGCAGGAAAAUUUAACUAAACUGCUGCUCAACUUCAACACAUUCAAGACAGUUCUUCCUGGUAUGUUUGAUUCAUUAAAACAGCUGGAAAUGCUGCAAAUGAAGAACAAUGUUAUAUCAGAGCUGCCUGCAUUUCUAUUCCUGAACCUUAUCAGGCUGCGUAUCCUGGACUUGUCCCAAAAUAAACUUGAAAAUGUCACUAAAGAGACUUUUUAUGGUCUGGAAAGCCUAGAGAUUCUGAAAAUAAACAACAACCUCUUAGGCAAUCUCACAUCUGACACAUUCCACAAUAUAUUUCACCUGACUGAGCUUCACUUGGAGGGAAACAAGAUAGAACAGCUUAGUGACAACAUCUUCUCUCUUUUAACAAACCUGAGCGUGCUGAACCUCCGUGGGAACCUUCUGACAACCUUCAGUGAUAAAGUGUUUGGGUUUGAGCCUUCAAAUCUAAAGGAGCUGAACCUAAAGGACAAUAAACUGACUGAGUUUUCCUCACUGAGCAGUCUCACCUCACUCACUGACCUUAUCUUGUCUUCUAACCAGUUUUCUACCCUUCCAGAAAGCAUUUUUAGAAAUGCUACAGCCCUAGAGAACCUGGACCUGUCUGAAAACCAGCUCACCUCACUGCCCAAAACCAUCUUUAACAAUCUGUCAAGAUUAACCGUUCUCAACCUCCACAAGAACAACCUGAAAAAGGUGGAUGCCAAACUGUUUGAGGACCAGGCGUUCAUGCAGAGGCUCUACCUUUCUGACAACCAGUUGGAAACUCUCCCAGAAGGCAUUCUGGACCCUUUUGUCAUCCAGCACACUAUGAGGCUGCAUGGAAACCCCUGGAAAUGUGAUUGCCACAUGUGGUACCUCCAUUACUGGGUGAUGAAGCAUAGUCCAGACAUAGAGAUGCUGGACAGGAUGCUAUGUGAGAGCCCAGACUUUUUGAGGAAACGCACCAUCACCUCCAUCGACAGGGACCAGCUUGUGUGCCACCUAUCUAAAGAUGAGAUGCCUGAUCUCAGCACCUGCAGCCUGCAAGCAUCCAAUGACAUUCUAAUUAUUAAAUGUAAAAUAAAAAAAUGUUCCCCAAUGAUGGUUAAAGUGCAGCUUGAAGAGGAUGAUAGCAGUAUUACAGAGCAUAUUUUGAAAAACGAAUCUCAGUGUAGUAAUGAAACCAUGAUAUAGAGCACCAUUGAUUAGUUUGCCUGCUUUAAAAGACUGUUCAGUGUGCACGUUCUUCCCACUAAGAGUCAAUAACAUGUUCUGAAUGUUGGUCAAUACUGUAAACAAACCUCUCACUCACCAGCUGAUAACAAGCAUACAUAAAUCCUGCUGAAUGAUAAAAGAGGUGGCUGAACUUUAAAAGUUUAAAGUUCAGCUCCUUCUGUUUCAAAUAUUCAGUCAUGGCUUAACAACGAGUAAGACGCUAAUUGUCUGCUUACGUGAUUUUUUCCAGUAGAAGUUUCCUGCAUCACCUUCAUGUAAGCUUAAUACCUCACCUCAUUCUGACGGAUCAGUCAUCACUGACAAGAGCAGAGUGGAUGCGAACGUCAUUUUCAAGUGGCUGUAUAAAAACUUUCUGUAAAAAUAGCCAAUAAGAUGUCACGUUUUCUGCUUCU